GAUGUGUAUCUAACUGGUUUCUAACUCGUCGCAAAGCCUGUAGGAUAAACUGCUGUUUCCUUUUUUCCUUAUUCUUGUAGCUAACAACCUGCUGUUAGCUAACACUGCGGUUUAGAGUCUCGAGCUAGCGUUAGCAUGAGCAUAAAGGCAUUUAGCCGUCUGGUGUCAAGUGUCAGUCCACAGUAGAGGUCAGAUAACUUCAGACACAUUAGUGUUAAACUGUGUCAGGCUGGAACUGUUAAAUUUAAAGCGCUCGGGGCCAUGAAUGAAAUGCUGUCAGAGUGCACUGCACUUAGCGUUAUAUGUCGCUUCUGAUGUCAGGCUCUCGCUCUGCUUCUCCAGAGCUGGGAAAAAGAUGCUAUUUGUUGCCUGCAUAAACGAGAAAAAACAUAAUUCCCCUGAUUUCAUGUGUAGAUUAAUACUUAUAGGCUUUAAAUGACAGGCGCAUGGCAUGCCCCAUCGUGUUUACAGCUCACUGGCUCGUCACUUGCGGUCCUUUUGCUGCACGUCGGGAUAAUAAUAACCAAUCCAGUCAUUCCCCGUCGUGUGUGGGAAGGCGCGGACGGUUUUCCAGCCCGCCCCGAGCUCCUCUCCUCCGGCUGUCUUACUGUUGGAUAAUGUCAUAUUGCCAACGCAGGGGUGUGUUACACAAUCAGGCCGUCAUGUAAAACAGAAACACGUGUCUAUAGGCGGUGCUGAAAAACGCACUUUUUUUUUUUUUACUGGGCAACAAAAAGACCGCAGAGUGGAGAGGACAAUGAUACGAACAUGAUCAGCGCCGAUGGCUUCUCAAAAUGCGAGGCGACCCUGCAAGAGACAGGGAGGAGGAGGAGGAGGCCACCCGCAGAGAUGCUCCAUCUGCUGUCAGCUGUCAUUGUUUGGCUGGUGACCGGCACCACCAUCUCCAGCCUCAACAAAUGGAUAUUUGCCGUUUACAACUUCAGGUACCCCCUGCUGCUGUCAGCUCUGCACAUGCUGACAGCCAUAGUGGUGGAUUAUGGCCUGAUCAAGCUGCAGGUGAUCCGCCACAGAGGGGUCGGAGAGCAGGACCUGACCCCCAGCGCAAAAUGUAAGGUGUUCCUGUUGAGCCUGACGUUUUGUGCCAGCAUCGCCUUUGGAAACAUGGGUCUGAACUAUGUCCAGCUGUCAUUUGCACAAAUGAUAUACACUACAACCCCGCUUUUUACCCUGGCCAUCUCCACACUGAUCCUAGGCAAGCAGCAUCACAUCAUCAAAUACACAGCCAUGAUGCCCAUCUGCCUGGGAGCAUCUUUCAGCAUUAUGGGAGAGGUCCAGUUCGAUCAGACUGGCUGCUUCUUUGUGUUCGCAGCAACCAUGCUGAGAGGGGUCAAGUCCAUUCAGCAGAGUAUUUUACUUCAGGAGGAAAAGAUCAACUCCGUGUUCCUGCUGUACCUGAUGUCCAUUCCCAGUUUCUGCAUCUUGGCCAUAGCUGCUCUCGCCUUGGAAAACUGGGCCAUGCUCGAGUCGCCGCUUCAUUACGACCGCCACCUGUGGGUCUUCAUCUUGCUCAGCUGCCUGGGCUCGGUCAUGUACAACUUGGCCAGCUGCUCCGUCAUCACACUCACCUCGGCCGUCACUCUGCACAUCCUCGGCAACCUUAGCGUGGUGGGAAACCUGCUGUUGUCUCAACUGCUCUUCGGCAGCGAACUGUCGGCCCUGAGCUGCGCCGGCGCAGUGCUCACGUUGUCUGGCAUGCUCAUCUAUCAGAACUCAGAAUUUAUCGUUAGCUACCUGGAUGCACGAAGGGCCAAAGCGAAAGGCUCUGUACGAGUGGAUUUUCACAGUGCACGUGGAGAAGACUUGGUUAAAGCUAGUGCAUCUGAUAAAACAUAUCAUCCCCAUCAUCAGGGCACAGACAGAAAACAGGAAGACAAAAUAGACUGAAAAGAAAAGAGGAGUUGUACACUAAUGUGUGACUUUAUACAGCUAUAGUCUUGCUAACAGUGACAGAUGUUUUUUAAUUUUUUUUUGACUUCCUCACUGUGCCACUUUAUUUAUCUCCUGUUCACACAGAACUGGAGUCUGCAGAGAGGAAAAGCUGCCUUUUUGCAUUAGUACUAUUACUAUUAUUUAUUUAUAUAUAUUUUUUUUUGGUUCACAAUGAAGGUAACUUCUUUUUUUUUUUUUUUUGCCCUUAUCUGUGUCACAUAUAGCCUAUAGCGGUAUAUGCAUGCAUGAGCACACUGAACUCUUUGAUACCUCAUCAGGUAUUCACACUGUCACUCUUACUACUCCACUGUGAAAAUGUUCUCGUAUCCAGAGGGCUCUAAUCAACGUUUUGGGUGUCUGUUGUGGAUAUUAUCCACUAUAGUAAAGCCUCAUAGAUGGGGUGGGGGGUGGCGGGGAGGCGGGGCCUCAGAUCUGAGCGGGCACAAUUUGUAAUAAAAAGCUAUAUUUAUGGUACUGUUACCUGACACUCUCCCGGCCCUGUUGUGGUAAGGGACUGGGUAAUUUUGGCAGCUUUUUUAUGUAGACAUGUAAUGUGGGUAGCUUGUUAAAUAAAGGCCAAGGCACUGCUGUUGUGAGUGUUGGUAAGUUAUGAGUAUGGAUAGAGCUGACACUUCUGUGCAAUGCCACACCACAUUUCCACUCCUGAAGCACAUUUUUAAUAAGAGGCUGUGUUUCGUCCUACUAUAUGAACGUCAGUGUGGCUUUCCUCUUCAGGCCUAAAUUUUGUUCUCGCACCAACCUGGAAAGACGGUCUCUGUAGAGCUAGUCCAAUUAUUUCCAACUUUUACAACAGUGCACCGAUAAUUAGGUUCACAAGGACUCUAAGGAGUGUCACUCAACCUUAGCUGGCUUUUCCCUCUGGAAGACCCGAGGACGGAAAAAAAAAAGACUUGAGAUGUACUUUAAGGUCGCUUCUUAAAUCCUAACCUUUGUGUCAUUGUUAAGCGGGCAAGUCUUAGAAAAACUGACUUCUUUUAAAAAGUGUUCCGUUUUCACUCUCAGUAUUUAAAAAGCAUCUUAUAAUGACAUAUUUUAUCACCCCUCUGAUAUUUAUGUGAAAGAAAAUAUUAAUUUUUUAGGACCUUAGCAAUAAUCAGAGGUGUUUAAUGCUGUGGAAUUUGGUCCUCAAGUGUCUUACAGCUGUAUACAUGCUUGCAUGCUUUUGCUCCAGAAAGCAUCCAAAAUAUCCUCGGAUGCUUGUUGCACACCUUCCUACAUGCACGGUAUGCCAAAUGUUUACUUUAAAGCUUUUUUUUGUUGUUGCUUUUUUUGUCUUGUGAAACCUGUUCUGUCAGUGACCAGAUACGAUCAAUGCUCACGUACAGUCUGAGCUCUCGAAAGAUGAAAACAACAAAGCCCUACGUGGAGAAAGGCUCAGUAUGACGCACCAGUUUUUUCAGCAUGUUUCACCGUAAGAAUAAAAGCAAACAACGCAUGUUGAUUCAGCUGAAUAACAUUUCAAGGAUGUCAUUCAUGAAAAUUACUCAAUGUGUAAGAUGCUUUUAUAAUUCCAUGAUCAGUUGAAAAUGGUUGCAUUUAAUUUCUUUUCCAGUUUGUAUGGUUUUACUGGUUUUAUAUUUCUUAAUAACAGCACUCACAUUUAAAAGUGAUGUUCAACAGAUCAUUUCACUGGUUUUAGGCUACUCUACUGAAUACCUCAACUGUUAAACAGGACUUACCGCCCUUCAGCUUUUCAAUAGUCAUAAAGAAACCACAGCAAGGGAGAUCGAUCACAGAUAAAAUAGUUCAUAUUUACAUUUUGACAAUUUAAUAAUCGGUAAGCUGUAGUUGGUUUGCAGGUUUAUGAUCUAAUUUCACAGUCUCAGCUCUGUUUGGCAGGUUUGGCUACUUGUUCUCGUCAUGUUUGAGUAGAUUAUAAGUCUGGAGAAGAUAAAAACAAUACAAUUGUUGCACUGACACGGUACGAAGACGCCGCCUUCAAAGCCUACAGUUCCUGUGCAUACUGGGUUUGAUUGUUUGCAAAGCUAGUUGGAUGUAAAUAGUUAUUUUAUUUUGUUAUGUAUUUUAUAGUCAUAUGACUGGUUGAAACUAUACUGGUUCAGGAAUGAAAUGUCUGCCUCAUGCCUUAUUUGGACAUACUGUAGAUGAGAAUGCAGGGUUUUGAUGAAUGCUGUAGGUGUUUUUCUUGUUUACAGGCAAAGAUACGGCUCAUCCAUGUACACGUGACCUGCAAAUGUAUGAAAAGAAAAAAAUGGACUGGUAUAAUAAAAUAACAAAACCAAACACCUCA